GCAUGGGGCAUGGUGCGGGCAUGGGAGUGGGUGGAUGGUGCGGGCAUGGGAGUGGGUGGAUGGUGCGGGCAUGGGAGUGGGUGGAUGGUGCGGGCAUGGGAGUGGGUGGAUGGUGCGGGCAUGGGAGUGGGUGGAUGGUGCGGGCAUGGGAGUGGGUGGAUGGUGCGGGCAUGGGAGUGGGUGGAUGGUGCGGGCAUGGGAGUGGGUGGACGGCGCAGGCAUGGGGGAUGGUGUGGAGUCAGGCAAAGAGAGGCAAGACGGAGAGCGCUUUUCCCGGCCUUUUCUCGACGCGCAUCGCGACUACAAGGAGCCGGCUUGCGACGUUCCGGCGAUGUGCACGACGCUUCCGGUGGCUCUAGUCCCUGUCGCCGACGCCUUCGAGACCCUACCGCCACGUGAGCCUACUUUUGAUAGUCCACGGGAACUCGCCACGUGUCAAAUCCAGCGGUUUACAGAAGAGGAUGGGGCUGUUCAAGGGCCACCCCCUGCCGCACAUCCGGGUAGGGUUGGCGAUGGAUCUGCCGCAGCUUCGCCGUGCUUGGUUUGCGGCGAGGACGAGAACGAAAGCACGGUACUGUGCGAUUUGUGUUUUGCGGGUUACCACAUUCGCUGUCUUGCGUCGCGCGGAGAGGAGGUCCACGUGGACAAGGACGGCGAGUGGGUGUGCGAUCUGUGCGAAUUGGAGGAGAAGCGGAAAGCGACGGUCGUCGUCGUGUGGGCUGAGGAGUGCGCGAAGAAUAGACGGACAGCGGUCGAGCAGCCGGCACAUAAGCGGCUAGAUUGCGACCGGGUAAACGACGCGCAUUCAGCUGACGUGGACGUCAGGACACCGUUGAAUGACGAGCAGCAGUUGAUCGAGGAUGGGGAUGAUGACGUGGUUUUGUUGGAAGCGGACGUGGCACCCGUGCAACCCGGUGUAUCUGGAGGUGACGACGUGGUUCUAGUGCCACGUGGGGAUACGGAGUCGCGGGUCGGCGUUAGAAGGGGAGGAGAGAAGCGUGGCAGCGGCGGAAGCGGUGGUAGCGGUGCGAAAACGAACGGUAAAGGAAAGGCCAAUAACGAGGAGCCAUGGUUGCAGAAUUUCGAGAAGCGAGGCAGCGGAGGAAGCGGGGGGAGAGACGGGGACGACGGGGAUGACAGCGUGGCAGACCACAAAGGCCAUUGGCUGCUGCAGCGCACGUGGCUGUCUCCGGUUGGCUACACGCGCGUAGGGCCCAUGUUCCAGGCUAGCGUACCGGAGUGGGCGGGCCCGCCUUGUGUCUUUAACGGAGCUGGCGCUAGCGGGGAUGAGGAGGCUCGGGAGUGCAAUCGACGAUACGACGAUGAUGAUGGUGCUUCUAAGGACAUUGCUCUAAAUUCAGAUUUAGGAAUCUCUUAUCAUCCAAUCCCGUCGGAACCUUUCUCCCCGCCCAAUCUCUCCUCGCCCAAUCUCUCCUCGCCCAAUCUCUCCCCGCCCAAUCUCUCCCCGCCCAAUCUCUCCCCGCCCAAUCUCUCCCCGCCCAAUCUCUCCCCGCCCAAUCUCUCCUCGCCGAAUCUCUCCUCGCCCAAUCUCUCCUUGCCCAAUCUCUGCUCGCCCAAAAUCUCCUGCCCAAUCUUUCGUGAUUAUGGGAUGUCGUCUCCUGAGCACUUGAUUCUGUCGUGCCUUAUCUUCAUUGUGCCCCUCUGUAGGGUUUCUCAUCAUCUCUCUCCUCAUCUCUCCCUCCUCUUCUUUCCCCCCUCACCUUUUCCCUCCUCAUCUCCCCCCUCUCAUCUUUCCCUCCUCACUUACCUCCUCAUCUUUCCCACCUCAUUUUUCCCCCCUCGCUGUUCCCUCCUCACCUCCCGCCCCCCUCCUCCCCCCACAUUUUCUCCUCAUAUUUCCUUCCCCAUCUUUCCCUCCCCAUCGUUUUCCCUCCCCGUCGUUUUCCCUCCCAUCGCCCUCCCCUGCCACCUCGUGCUCCUCUUGCUCUCGCUCUCCGAGUUCGAAGGGCAGUCGGAGAGCACGUGCUCUUCGCCCUGCUGCGCUGCGCCCACACGGACGUCCGACUGCGGGCGAGCAACAUCAUCAAUAGCAGCUUCUGCUGCUGCUGCUGCUGCUGCUGCUGCUGCUGCUGCUGCUGCUGCUGCUGCUGCUGCUGCUGCUGCUGCUGCUGCUGCUGCUGCUGCUGCUGCUGCUGCUGCUGCUGCUGCUGCUGCUGCUGCUGCUGCUGCUGCUGCUGCUGCUGCUGCUGCUGCUGUUGCUCCUUGUCUCACCUUCCCCCCUCCCCCCCUCUUCAUUUCCCUCCCAUGGCCCUCCCCUGCUGCAGCGCGCUCCUCUCGCUCGGCGGGCAGUCGGAGAGCGAGUGCACUUCGCCCUGCGGCGCCCACACGGACGUCUGACCGUGGACGAGCUUCAGCAGCAGCAGCAGCAGCAGCAGCGGCGCCGUACUCAUAUGUGCGCAUGUCCGAACGGCUGCUCCGGCGCCGCUGCAGUCUGUAG